AUGGUAAGUGCCUUGCACAGCCUCUUCAUCCUGAUAUAUAUGGAAUUAAUAAUUGGGAUUUUGGGGAAUGAAUUCAUAACACUGUUGAAUUUCAUGGACUGGGUCAAGAUGCAAAAGAUCUCCCUUGCACAUCAAAUCCUUACUGCUUUAGCAAUCUCCAGAAUUUGUCUGAUUUUGAUGCUAAUGGUGAGUUAUUUCACAAAGGAGUUUUAUCCGUCUUUAUAUAUGACUACAAAGAAAGUUACAAUUAUUGACACUGCUGCUACACUGGCCAAUCAUUUCAGCACAUGGCUUGCAACAAGUCUCAGCCUGUUUUAUUGCCUCAAGAUAGCCAGUUUUUCAAAUCCACUUUUUCUUCACCUAAAACAUAGAGUUAAAAGGGUAAUUCUGGUGAUAUUUCUGGGAUCAUUCAUGUUCUUGCCUUUUUAUUUUAUUGCAAUAACAAAAUGUGUUAAUAUCCAGAUAUAUCCACAUAAAGGGAAUAUGACUUUGGCUUCCAUAUGGAAUGACAAUGAAAAGUUUUCAAAACUAAUUUCAUUCACUUUGGGAGUUUUGAUUCCCUUUUCUCUAACUUUGAAUUGUUUUUUCCUGUUAAUCUUCUCACUAAGGAAACAUGUUAAGAAUAUGAAGCUCAAUGCUACUGGAUUCAGAGAUCAUAGUACCAGGGUCCACAUAAGAGCCAUGAAGUUUGUGGUAUUGUUCCUCUUACUAUUCAUUAUUUACUUCUUGUCUGUCAUCAUAAUAACUUUCAACACUAUAAAGAUACAGAGAAAAGUGAUGCUUAUGCUUCUUCGGGCUUUCGCAGCUCUUUAUCCUUCAGGACACACACUUAUCCUGAUUCUGGGAAAUGGAAAGCUAAGGAAGUCUUUUCUUUUGGUCCUGUGGAGGCUGAGAUGCAGGUGA